AUGAAGGGGGAAUCGAGGAAGGUUAGAGGUCGCAGCAACGUCCCUCAUGACGACAACAUCAGCGAAGAUCCGGAGAAGAUAAAAGAGCGACGAUAUGACGAGGACGAAGAGGAGUUCCGAGUUUUAUCUCUAGAGGAGCAGCGAUGUAUCAACGCCAAGCUUUAUUUGAUGCGCGAAGGAAGUGACGACGGUCAGAAUUUGUACAACCAUCUGAGUACACUGUUGACACGUGUUCUGGUGGAGGAGUCUGGCAAAGCUCUGGACAGAUUGGAGGCAGACAGCAAGACAUACAAGCGUGAAAGGUUUGCUUACAAGGAACCGUUCAUUAAAGACGACCCUGGCAAGACGCCAACUGAAGUUCUCGCUCAUGCGCAAUGGCGAAUGGUGAAGACUGCUUGUGGCGAUCCAAAGUUUAUACCAAAUGAAAGUUUUGAUUUACCUGACGAGGAUGAGGAAGACAUUUAUCGUCUGAUACCAGACCUGAUGAAGCAGGCCCUCUUUUUUGAACAAGCUGGAGUCGGCCUUCCUCGGGAAGAAUUUAUCCGGAUUUCAGUCUCCAUGAGAGAACUAGUGGAAAACUGGCCUAUCGAGACUCUGCGGUUCUGGGGAAAGAUCAUGGGUACGCGAAAAAAUUACUAUGUCGUUGAAGCUGAAUUCAAAGAUGGCGAGUAUGACAGUGAUUUUAGCGACGAGGAGGAAGAAAAAUCAUCGAACGACAAAAUAGAAGAUAGCAUGAUAUUCGAUGAUGAGUCAACGACUGUUACAGAGGAUAUCAAACCAUAUUAUAAACCGCCACCCAGAAUCCCAUGUGAGAGCCUAGGGACCGGUCUAAACAAGCACAUAUACUUCGUCUGUAACGAACCCGGAUUACUUUGGACACGGCUACCACAUAUUAACCCUGCACAAAUUGUCAUAGCCAGGAAAAUAAGGCAUUUCUUCACUGGGGACCUCAAUGAGCAUAUUGUGAGCCAUCCUCCAUUUCCUGGUCUGGAGAAGAAUUACUUGCGUGCGCAAAUUGCGCGUAUCAGUGCCGCCACAACUGUAUCACCAAUCGGUUAUUUCCGGUUUGACGACAACGAAGAAGAGGAAGAUGCAGAAGAAUCGGGAACUAACGGCAGAAACAAUUGUAUCAUUGACCAGGAAUUUGAAGGAAUGCCAUUACGGGAUCUUUGUGACCCAACAGGACAAACUUGGUGCCAUCACAUGCAGUCCAUUUUACCUCAGGGUAGAAACACGUGGCAUAACCCGAUGGAGGGCAGGUCAGGCGAGGGAGGUGAGGAAGAUUCUGACGAGGAAGAACGAAACGAACCGGAUGAACCAGAACCGGAAGUAGGCCCACCAUUAUUGACACCAGCUUCCGAAGAUAAACCGAUAAUUGAUUCACCGGCGUGGAUAGCACGGAUUUCCUCACGACUGGUGCCAGAGUUUGCCGUUGCUGUGCUGCAGUCAAACACAUGGCCUGGAUCGUGGACGUUUGGUGCCGAAAGGGGGCGAUACUUCACCUCAAUAUACAUUGGAUGGGGACAGAAAAAUUUAGGCGAUGCCUUCGAACCGGAACUGCCUCCAGAUAUUAUGGAUGAGUUUCCCAGUGGACCGGAAAUCACUGAGGCAGACGACCCUUCACCGGAAGAGGAGUCUGCAUUCAAGGCUGCAUUGGCAGACAAAGAGUUUGAUGCCGAGUUUGGCGAAGACCAAGGGGAAGAGGAAACUUCGGAUGUGGACGAUUAGCACCGGGAUGUUUCGUUCUAGGGUGGAUUGUAAAUGGAAAUUGACUUUUGAAACAAAAUAAGCUGUCAGUAUAGCAGAAAGUGGUAACAGACGUGCAAAAUAAUUUUCUUUAAAAACAACAGAUGUAUGUAGCCUUCCUAUAUUUUUCCAUAUUUUGAUU